AAGAGAUGCCAUUGAUUUGUACCGAAUGUCACACAUAUUUCACUCAUUUAGACGUUUGGAGAGAUCACAACCAAUUCAUUCAUAACGGAUCCAUUCAAUCGGUUAUUUACGCCGACAUCGGGACAGUAGAGCGCCGGUUAGCACAGCCACUACCACCACCACCAGUACCCCAACGGACAUCUUAUGCCACAACCAGCCGACCAAACGGCCCGCUGACUACAUCCCUCACCAAUCAUUACCCGUCGUAUGCGACCAAUCGGUCGGACAUUAACACACGACCGCUAAACAAACAGUCAUCCAAAACAACAAACAAUUACAGUGCAAACCGUAUGUCCGACGGCAGCUCCAGUCCCGAAGUGAUCAAUUUGUCUGAUUCACCGCCGCCUCCGCCCAGAACUACGACCAAUACUACAACUAUUGCUCCAAAGCCUGUGUGGAAGGCAAACACCAAUUCAUCAAACUUUUCGUGUGAUUUCCCCGACUGUGACUUCAAAACUAAUAGCAAAGACAAACUCCAGUUCCAUAUCAGCGCUCACACGAACUCCAAGUUUAAGUGUCCGUACUGUCCAUAUGUGGGAAAUAUACUGAACGAUAUCUAUCGACACAUCCAGAAGAGCAAAAAGCACGAGAAUAUGCGCGUCUAUGAGUGUCGUGAGUGCUCUUAUGGGACCAACUGUUUGUCGUCAUUCAAAGAGCAUUUAAGUCGAAAGCAUUUCGACGAUUCCGACGAAGAGGACGAAGUGAACGAAUACAUAACAGACAUGUUUCGCAACCAUCACUCCACUGAUAACGGCAUUCAAAGUGAUUCCGAAUCGGAU